AUGGAAUAUCGUGUGAGCGCCCCGGAGGUACUACGCGAACCUUUGCUAGUGCCGGAAAAGUUACUAAUGGGACCGGGACCAUCCAAUGCACAUCCGCGCGUGCUGGAGGCGAUGAGCCGCCCGAUAUUGGGACAUUUGCAUCCGGAAACGCUUAAAAUUAUGGACGACAUUAAGGCGGGCAUGCGGUACCUGUUUCAAACGAACAAUGCGGCCACCUUCUGCCUGAGUGCGUCCGGGCACGGUGGCAUGGAGGCAACGCUGUGCAAUCUGCUCGAGGAUGGUGACGUUUUGUUGAUCGGUCACACCGGUCACUGGGGUGAUCGGGCGGCCGAUAUGGCUUCCCGGUAUGGUGCCGACGUGCAUAUGGUGCGAGCCAGCUCGGGCAGUUCGCUCACUUUGGACGAGAUUCGUAAAGCCCUCGAAACCCACCGUCCCUCGGUGCUAUUCCUAACGCAGGGUGACUCCUCCACCGGAGUGCUGCAGGGAUUGGAGGGUGUUGGAGGAUUGUGCCGGGCCCACGAUUGCUUGCUGGUGGUGGAUACGGUUGCAUCACUCGGCGGAACACCUUUCCAUAUGGAUCGUUGGGAAAUAGAUGCCUGCUAUACCGGUUCGCAGAAGGUACUCGGUGCACCGCCGGGCAUUACGCCAAUUUCCUUCAACCAUCGCGCGGUCGAACGGUACAAACGGCGCCAGACGAAAGUGAAAGUGUACUAUUGGGAUAUGUUCUUGGUUGGUGACUAUUGGGGAUGCUUUGGACGACCACGCAUCUACCACCAUACGAUAUCUUCAACCCUUCUGUACGGUCUCCGUGAAGCAAUUGCGAUCGCCUGCGAAGAAUCGAUCCCGUCCCUAAUUUCGCGCCAUCAAGAUUGUGCCAAGCGACUUUACGAUGGACUCGUUGCCCUGGGUUUCGAACUGUACGCGCAGGAACGCGACAGAUUGCCAACCGUCACCACUAUCCGAGUGCCGGCGGGUGUUGACUGGCUGCUGGUAUCACAGCAUGCGAUGAAAACCUAUCUGGUAGAGAUUAGCGGUGGAUUGGGACCGACCGCUGGGCAAGUAUUCCGCAUCGGGCUUAUGGGACAGAAUGCUACCAGUGAACGGGUAGAUCGGGUGUUGCAGGUAUUCCGAGAUUCCAUCAAAGCCGUCAAGCCAGACUUUGUGUUCCGUAAGAGUGUAUCAAAAAUGUAA